CUCGGUACUGCUGGAGUUGCUCUGCUUGGAGCGAUUUAGUGAUUGGGGGACCUCCAAGCCAUACGUAGGAACGUGGAGGUUCGCUUUCGGGCGAAAAUGAGACUGCACUGUGGAUAAAUGGCGAAGUUUAAGAUGAAAGACUUGCUGUUUUUGGUUUACUUUCUGUAUUCACCAAGUGUUUUAUGUUUCAGUGAGUUGUCGUUCAUCACUGAGCCCAGUGAUGUGACCGUUUUACCAAAGGACCCUGCUGUCUUGGACUGCCAGGCUCACGGGCAUCCUCCCGUCGCCAUCAAGUGGCUGAAAAAUGGUGUUCACUUGGCAGAAAGUGAACACAUCCAGCUUUUACCAAACGGCUCCUUGUACAUACCAAAGAUAAAGCACACCAAGGAGGAGUCAGAUGAAGGAUUCUAUCAGUGCCUCUCCAAGAACAAAUUUGGAGCCAUACUUAGCCAAAGAUCACGCCUGACUAUCGCAAGUAUUUCAGAGUUUUUGUUACAGCCAUUGCCUAUGGAGGUGACCGCGGGCUCGGUGGCCCGAUUCUCAUGUGCAGUCACAUCCAGACCCCCUGCCACCAUCACCUGGGAGUUUAACCAAAGCACACUGCCACUACAAACAGACCGAAUUACAGUUUUGCCCAAUGGAGUCCUUCAGAUCCACAACGUACAACUGAAGGAUACCGGGCAGUACCGAUGUGUUGCAACUAACAUCGGAAGCCGACAGAAAAGUCAAGAGGCAAAGCUGACAGUCAGUCAAGAAGGUGUGGGCCCUAAAACCCGCCAGAGGCCCAAAAUCAUCGCCGGACCUCAGAACUUGACUGUUUGUCUGCACCAAACCGUGGUGCUAGAGUGCUUAGCCACCGGAAACCCCUGGCCCAUCAUUUCAUGGAGCCGCGCUGAUAGUAAACCCAUUGAUGUAUACAAAGCCAAAGUGUUGGGCAAUGGGAACCUGGUUAUAACCGACGUCAAUUCGAAGCACAGUGGAGUCUACCUCUGCAGAGCCACCACCCCUGGAACCCGCAAUUACACCAUAGCUGCUGCCAACCUCACUGUCCAAGUGCCGCCAGCUAUUGUUGAGAGGCCCGAGAGCCAGACCCGCCCGAGAGCCGGCACUGCCCGGUUUAUUUGCCAAGCCGAAGGCGUCCCCCCACCCCGCAUUAGCUGGCUAAAGAAUGGCGAAGAGGUUCAUUUAAAUGGGCGAAUUAAGAUGUACAACAGUAAAUUGGUGAUUACCCAGAUCAUCCCAGAGGACGAUGCCAUCUAUCAGUGCAUAGCAGAGAGCGAACAAGGUUCUGUGCUGUCUUUAGCUCGCCUUAUUGUUGUUAUGUCAGAGGACAGGCCCAGCGCUCCCAGGAACAUUCACGCCGAGACCAUCUCAAGCUCGGCCAUUUUGCUGGCGUGGGAGAGACCGCUCUACAAUGCCGACAGAGUCAUCGCCUACUCUAUCCAUUAUAUGAAGGCCGAAGGUCUGAACAACGAAGAAUACCAAGUUGUGAUCGGCAACGACACAACCAGCUACAUUAUCGAUGACCUUGAGCCGGCUAGGAAUUACAGCUUCUACAUCGUGGCUUACAUGCCAAUGGGAGCCAGUCGUAUGUCUGAUCAAGUCAGUCAACACACCCUGGAGGAUGUGCCUCUGCGUACACCAGAACUACGUUUGAUGAGCCACAACUCAACAGAUAUCCAGGUGAGCUGGCAGCAGCUUCCCUCGAAAGUGAGCCGCGGCCGUGUGUCGGCGUACAGGCUGUCGUAUCGCACGGCUGCAGACAGCACAGUCAUCUCUGUUGAGCUGCCUCAGAACAGCACCGAGUAUCUCCUGGAAGGCCUCCAGCCAGACACCAUCUACCUGCUCCGCAUGGCUGCAGCCACCCGCAUGGGUUGGUGUGAGCCCUCAGCGUGGACAUCCCACCGCACACCGAAGACUUCCAGUCUCAAAGUGCCCUCAGCCCCUAUUCUCCAACUUGAGCCGCUGAACUGCACUUCCAUUGUGGCGCGCUGGCAAGCCGCCCCAGAGAUAGAGGCCGUCCUUGGCUAUCGCCUGCGUUACCAUGAGGAAAGCCAACCAGAACAGCCCGUCAUCCAGCUGCAGGCUCAGACCUACACCUACAUCAUAAGCGGCCUUGAUCCUAGGCGAAGAUAUCGUAUCAAGAUCCUGGCUCUGAGUCAAGAUGGAGACGGCUAUGAGACAGACCAAGCCAUCAGUACCCCGGGAUGUGUCUCUGCUCGAGACCAAAUGGCAGCCUACCCGCCAUCUCCAGAUCAUGUGACUGUCUUGGCCAGCAAUUCCUCUGAAGUGUCUUUACGUUGGAGCCGUCCUACUUUCCCCUCUGGAAAGGCCGUCAGCUAUACUGUCCGCUACACGAUUGUGGGCACGCACAAUGCUUCUGCCGUUCGCUACCUCCAAACUGCCAAAGAGAAUAUAACAGUGCAAAAUUUGGAUCCAAACACUCGCUAUGAGUUUGUGGUACGCCUUCAUGUGGAUCAGAUGUCGAGUCCUUGGAGCCAUGUGGUUUACCAUCGCACACAACCAGCAGCUCCCAGACGACCACCUACGGGAGUGAGACUAACCGUGAUUGAGGACGACACAGCAUUGGUAUCCUGGAAGGAGCCCACAGAGCCCAAUGUGGUGGUUACACACUAUACUAUACUCUACGCUUCCCAAACAUCCUGGAUGGCUGGACGCUGGCAAAUAAUUCAAAGAGAGGGAAGCCAUACUAUGGCUCUUCUGGAGAAGCUAGAACCAGGGAACGUCUACCUGGUGAAGAUCUCUGCCUCCAACCAGGUGGGGGACGGGCCUUUCUCAGAUGUCGUUGAGCUGGCUAUGAAACGUGGAAAUAUCCAACGCAACAAAAACGCCUGGCACUCAGAUAGAUUUCAGCACACCGCGGUCUUCUCUGAUGGUCUGUACCACAUAGACCAGAGAUCCAUGACUGGAAUCAUUGUUGGAGUGAGCAUUGCCUUGGCCUGUAUUGUUAUGUGUGCCUUGAUCCUCAUCAGUAAAGGGAGACCAAGAAAAUCAUCCAGCCAUAAAGUUGUUGCUGUGCCGCCGGGUGAAGGGCUUUCUUUGCCUCACGAGCGCCAAGUAGAGAACGCUGAGGCUCUUACACCAAUGAUGAGUACCAACUUCAUAGAUGCCAAAGGUGGAUCUAAUAUGGUAAUAAAUACUGCUGGUACUGUCAUGCCCAAAAAUCAAAGCAAGAGGUGGCCUUUCUUCAACAACGAUGUCAACACACCAACAGAGAUUGAUGUUGAGGGGAGGGUCCGCUUGUAUGAGACUGGCAAAACCAUUCUGCGGUAUGAGGAGCAUUUAGGCGCUGCGCCUCUGCCUCCAUCAUCUCGUGAGAUCAUCUUCGGACCUUUUCCCACUGAGAGCUCGCAAAGCAGUGAGAGCAGCCAAGGGACGGGAGACUCUGGACACUACUCCACCGAGGAAAGCAAUGAGGAGAUCAGCAAUCCGUCGACCAGCCAAAGCUCCGGACCCAAAUCUUUCGAGCAACCUCAUGAUGCAGCUGUAGCUGAGCCAAAGCCAUCUUUGCAAGUGGAAAACGAGAAAUACGUUUGCUACCAUCUCUCACCGCUGGACACCACUCGGUCACGCUGCGCCUCGGACCGCAGCUAGCACUCCAUUUAUCACCCAGCUCCAAGAAUGACCAUUUCUACCUCAUUUGCUUCCUGGUUUGAGCCCUCUGCUUAUUUCCUGUGGCACAAAAGAACAGGAAGUCAGCUGCUGUGAAGGAGGAAAUGAGCAUUUUCUUCAGAUCUACCUCAGGAUUUGGUGUAAAUGUUGGUUCCAACAUUUUCUUUCAUUUUCUUUUUUUUUAACAUUCUACCUGUUGGUUUUUGCGACAAUAUCUGUCCUAAACCAAAGCUCACCCAUGAUGAAUGUUUUAAAGAAUGUGCUGUGAUAUAUUUGGUCAUAUUUAAUUUGUUUUUCCACUGGAGCUUGAUUGUCUACCUCAGUUUUUGUCUCUCCAAACCGUGUUCGAAACCACGUCUUGUUCAGAUUUUGGCGGUUGAAAGAGCUUUUCGUUCCCAUUGCUUGUCCUCCCCCCACCCCCCAAACCCCACCAACGUUUUUUGUGCAUUGGAACAGAAAAACAUUAAGUGCAUUAGAUAUUGUCAAACUAUUUGUGUUGUAUGAGAUACGAGACAUUUUCAAUGUACUGAACUCAAAGCUUUAACACGGCCUUAACACCAAAAGGGCCUUGCAUACUCGAUCCAAAGACAGGAACAUUUGUAUCCAAAGAGUUUGUCAUAAUAGACAACCAAAAAUAUGGUUCAUUUACAUGAAGGGUGUCUAUGCCAAAAAUACUGUUACGUGCCAUUGAUGUAAAUUUCUCCGAAUUGUGGUUUGAAUGCUUUUCUCGGUGUAAACUUUUAGUCUGGUGAAAGCUUUAGCGCAAGUCCUCGUGGCUUGUGCUCCGUUUGCCUUUGAGACCAUUGCUAAGUGCAGCGGUGACGCCGAUGCUAUUAUCCAAAGAGUUGUCUGCUUCCUCACUUGGGUGUGGCUUUUCAUUCAGUUGAUCCUCGGCAAUAUGAGGUGGACACGAUCGAUUGAUCCUGUGUGUCUUGUCAGUGAUAGAUGAUGGUAUUUAUUUUUCGGGCGUACAUCAUUUAACGCUGACCUUCACCAGCAACCUCACCCCAUGUGAUGUAUUGGGAAUUGUUAUCAAUGCCUCCGCGAUAUUGCUGUCCCGGUGUGGAUUCUGACUAUCAAAAUGGAAGCCCAAUGUGUGUGAAGAGCAACAUAAUCAAUUUUGAUAUCGUUGUAAUACAAAUUAUCUUAACCAAAGAAGCUUUAAGUCUCUAAUUUAGUGAUUUUCUUUGGGUUCAUUUACAUAAUUUGAAUUUAAAUAUGCUAUAAUCAGUUUUGAUUAGUAGAAAGGCAUUUUACGAAGUUCUUAAUUUUUUUUUUUUUUUUUGGUACUGAUAUGAUUUCACCUAAAUGAGAAUUUGGUCAAAAUUUUUCAUUUUAGAUGGUCGUUUAAAUAUUUGGGAAUUACAUGCUCCAUUUUCAUUGUGGUAUUUCCCCAAGUUAACAUUGCUGAUGUCGUGCUCAGAGUGUUUCUUUGUUCAUUAUUAUAAUUACAAAUGUUGACAUGAAUGCCACAGACAAAUUUGCUGACUUGACUCAGGUGCCAAAUGUAGAUUUAUAGUGAGUAGUCUUGAUUGUCAUUUUAAAUUAUGUUUUCUCUUAUUUCCAUGCUUUUGAAUACCAAAAGACUUCUUUUAGCCCAAAGAGUGCAACAAAGCAAAGUAUUUUAUGGGGUGGAAUGUUGCAACCGACUUUUUGAUACUCUCAACAUUGUCGCAAAUGAAUGAUUAAUAAAAUUGUUCUUGGAAAACCA